AUGUCUGAAUCUAUUAUAGAGCACUUCAUCCAAGACUACCAGUCUGGCUUUUCAUUUUACCUCAAACUUGCUUCCUACGCCGAGACAAGAUGCCGCAAAGCCCUUGAAGAAAGUGGUAUCCCAGCAGUCAUCACCUCGCGGGCCAAAAACCCCGAAAGAUUAUUGGUGAAGCUUCGCCAGAGAAACACCGAGAAAAACUACCAAUCCACGGACGAAAUCUCCCAUGAUCUCGCAGACCUUAUCGGCGUACGAUUGGCCCUCUAUUUCCCUGACCAGGAAAAACAAAUCGAGGGUAUCAUGCACAGAGCGUUCCACAUCAAGGACCUGAAGCGACACGACAAGACCCUGGUUGCCGUCGAGAACAAAGCCUUCCAAACUGACGCUCUUCAGACGUCCAUUGUGCAAACAGAGGGUCCGUAUACAGCACGGUUCCACGGAUACAGAGCGACGCAUUUCCGCGUCAAAGUCCGUAGCGAGGAAUUCGGCGAGUCUCCCGAUCCCCGCUUUGAGCAGACCAUGAUCGAAGUCCAGGUUGCCUCGUUGCUCAUGCACGCCUGGUCUGAGGUCAACCACGACCUGGCAUACAAGACAUUGAACGGCCAGCUAUCCAAGGACGAGCUCCGCAUGCUAGAUGGUAUCAACGGCCUCGUGCUUACGGGCGAAGUCCUCCUCGGUCAACUCAAAGCCUCCGUGGAAGCUCGCAUCGCAACCCAGAAACGACAUUUCUCGAAUCACUUCGAACUGGGCUCUUUCAUACAGCAGUAUGCGCCUUAUCAACCCCUUCGGCCCGGUAGUACAUACCGCAUGGGUUCGCUCUCCGACCUGCUAUAUGUGACGCGCCAUCUGGGUAUCGACAAUCCCGAGGCUCUCGGGGAGCGCUUGGAAUGUUGGUCGGCAAAGUCUGCGAACCUGAAGAAGUACCCCGUGGUUCAAUCCAUCUUGGACUUCAUCUUUGCUGAGUAUGAUAGGCGUACUCCGCCAACUAUGGAGCGUCCAUUCCUUCAGGCUGAAUUGAAUGACAACUUUCAGUCGGGAUCCCCAACGCCGGAGCAAGGCCUGACAGUGUAUCGUCAUAUCCUAGCGCAUACCUUCGAUGGAGACCUGCUGCUGCCCACUGGUGGUGACGGGAGCAUGGUCUGUUUUCCUGAAUCUUAUCAGUGGCUUAGCGACGCUUAUUUCCUCGUUGCCGACGUGCAGUUUGAUUUUUCUUCUGACGAGCAGUUGAAAGAGUUCGAACAACGAACCAAGGAGCUAUGGGAUUGGCUUGCGACCAGUUCCAAUGCGCGGGUUCGUGUUGCAUUUGGAGUUGCACGGGCAAAGGCGGGGAACCAGGGUAUUUGCUUGGACGAGGCUGUUCAGGUAGAGUAA